UUAAAACACAGAAUAUUCUAAUAUAAUAUAUAAUAAAUAGAUUAUAAUAUUAUAUAUUAAUCUAUUCUGAGAUUGAAACAUAAAUAUUUUUUUAUUAAGACUCAAGUUCCUUCCGCCUUAUUUUAUUGUCAUUAUUUAGAAAUAACUGAUAAUAUGAGUCAUGAUCCAGAUUUACGGACAAAAUCAAAAAGAGCUACUGAAAUUUUGUCCGAGAACUUGCAUUUUGUUGCUAAUGAACCAUCGUUAGCAUUUUACCGUCUUCAAGAGCAUGUACGAAAAUCUGUUCCUCCAAUGAUAGAAAAAAGAAUUCAAGUUCAAAAACUUCAUAAAGAUUUACAAGGACAUUAUUAUGAUGUAGAAUAUGCUCUUGGAGCCAUAAACUCGAUAAAAAAAUCCGAAGAAUCGUUAAACAACAUUCAAGAACAAUUAAAAAAUGCUCUAUUUUUAAGUCAACAAAUAAAAUAUGAACAUACUAGACGAAGUAGAUCGAAAAAAGAUUCUAUGUACAAACGUUUAUCUGCUCAUUUAACCACUACAUUGGACUUACCCGAGUUACCAGAAGCCAUAAGAGAUACAGCCAAUAAAGUUGAGUCCAUGGUGAAUAAUGCAAGACAUUCCAAUAUGUACUAAUUAAUAUUAAUAUGUAAAUAAUUAAGACAUUAUUUUUAGUUUAGCUGCUAAAGUACUAGUGCUCAAGUACAAUGCCUAACAACCCUAUUUUUUGUCAACUUUUUUUACUUAAAAUAUUGUUAUUUACCUUAAGGUUCUAUACAUGUAUACCUAUACUGUGCUGUUUUUUAAUGCAUAAAAUAUUUGUAUAGAUCUUAAUGUUAAUGGUGCAAUUUAAAUUAAUAUCAACUUCUUGAGGACCUGUAUGAAAAAGUAAAACUAAUUAUUCUAGAUUGUUUUGUUAAUAUUAAACGCAAUAUUUUAAUCCCAACAUAAGGUAUACUAAUCUUACUAAAAUAAAAUGUAUGUUUAAAUUAGA